AUGGGAGAUUCAGUACCUCUAAAAGUAGCACUGCCAGAGCUGAAGUAUCCUAUUGGUUCACAGCCAAAGGAAAAGUCAGCAAUCAACCAAUACUCUGGUUCAGAUUAUAUCUCUAUUGUCAAAAGCAUCCUAAAACCAGAUGAGAUGAUAAGAGUCCGAGGAUCAUUUCUGGGACCUGUAAUGAAGCUCAGUGAGAGAGGAUUGAAGUUAUCAGCAAAGAUAGUCUACGCCAUUCUCACUAGAAGCAUCGUUUCUGUCAAGGAGAAUGAAGCCUGGUUCCAUUUCGGUGCGCAGCCAAUGAGGUUCUCUAUAAGAGAAUUUCAUAUGAUGACAGGCUUGAAAUGUAGUGGUGCAUUAGAAGGACCACGAAGGGAAACCGAGAGAUUUAAUUGGGAAUUGCUAAAGGGGCGUAGUCAUAAGUUAAGUGACGUGGUGGACCAGCUCAGAAACACAAGAGAAGAUGCUUCUGAGGAGAGAAUAUGCCUCGCAAUGCUCAUCCUGGUAGAGAGCAUAUUAUUGCGGAAGAGCAAAGGAGGGAGUUUUCCUUUGGAAUAUGCGAAAAAUGCACAGGAUAUGACAUAUCCAUGGGGAAAAGAGGCUUACAUUGUGCUCCUGAAGUCAAUUCAAAACGCUGUCGCGAAUCAUUUGGAGAAUAAAUCCAAAUUUGAGUUGCAAGGUUAUCCUCUAGUAUUCCUUCUUUGGAUACUAGAGUCGAUUCCUUUGCUAAGGGAUAAGUUCAGUAAGUGUGUACCAACAGUUGAGGUUCCUGGGCCGACUUACUUGUGUGAAAAAUACACUGAGGUAGAGAAUCCAUCACUUGAUAGGGUUUUACAGGUUGAAGCUGAUACAAAGCUGAAGGUCCAUUGCAUACUACCUUCUAUUCCUCAUGAUCCAGAAGAUGAUAUCUCCAUUGAAGACAAAUAUAGUGACGAGCUGGAAACAGUGAAAGAUGUAACAAAGAAAGGGUACAAGAUUACAGCCGAUGACUGGGAAAAUAGGUGUGUAGACACAUUUGACACAUUGGAUGCUCUUAUUCAAAUGAUGGCAAAUAAGGAGACUGGCCAAGCUUCUACUCCGAUUGAUGAGGAUUCAGUAAAUGAAAAAGUGAACAGGAUCAUCACGGUAAUGGAGGAGAAUCUGAAGAGCAUGAAGGAUCGAAUGUCAUUACUAGAAGAAGAAAACAUACAUCUUAGAGCUCGUGUGUCAGAGUUGGAAGGAAACAACAAUGUUUUUCCCACUAACGUGACACAAAAGGAGACAAUGAUUGAAUCAGCUGCAUCUCCAAAGUCUCAACAAAAUGAGGAGACAAUGAAUGAAUCAGAUGAUGAAACUCUUGCCCUUGAUACUCAAGUAUUCUCUCCUAAUCUGACAAAAGAGAAAGAAACAGAAACGUCUACCGAUGAGAGGCCAUCCAAUCCUAAUCAAGAUGGAAAACCAGAUGAUGAGAUUGUGAUUGAGUCACCUGCUGCUCAGACUCAAGUUUUGCAAAAAGAAACACUGGAAAUGAAUGAGACACCUUCUUCUCCAAUAUCUCCAAAGAGUAUUGAGGCUCAAGUUUUUACUCCAAUUCAGAAACAGCAGACGGUAACAGAGGAAACGUAUGAGGCUACACAGCCAUUGACUGAGAUCAUUUCAGCAAACAAUAAAAAGGAGGAUACACAUGCUGUGCAUCACACACCUUCCUCUCCAUUGUCUUCACUAAUUGCACUAGUUAUUGAAGAAAAUAAGAAUGCUUUGAGUGAGACAGAAACUGCGACCCAAUAUUUUUCUACAAGUGAAGGAGAGCAUACACAAUCAAGCAGAAAGAAUCAAGCAGAAGAAUAUCUCAAGGAUACUACAGAACCUACUACUGAGCUAGUUUCCACAGAUGUUUCGAAGACACAGCCUCUUACUCCGCAAACACAGCACCUUCAGACAAGUGAGGGAGAUCAAUCCGAUGAGACACCAUCAGAGCAGAAUCAAGCAGAAGAAAAUCUCAAGGAUACUACAGAACCUACUACUGAGCUAGUUUCCACAUAUGUUUCGAAGAUGCCGCCUAUUACUCAGCAAACAGAGCAUCUUCAGACAAGUGCUAUAGAUUUUUCAGAAACAAACGAGGUUGAAGUAAGCAGGCUUCUAGCUCACUUUCAAAUAGGCGCAGAGGUUGAGAUUUUGUCUACUGAUGACGAAAUAUGGUAUCCAGGAAAGGUUGUUGAUCUUAAACUGUGUGAAGGACUAGAGGAGCUGACAGUUGAGUACACGACACUCUUCACAGACCAACAUAGACUUCAGAAACUUCAGGAUACUAUCACGGCUGACAAAAUACGUCCUGCAACACCAACUAGUGACCAAAAAUCCUUUGAGAUGAUGGAUAAGGUAGAAGCCUUUUACAACAAUGGCUGGAGCAGCGGACAAAUUAGCAUGGUACUUGGUGAUAACACAUACUCGGUGUGUCUCUAUACUUCUAUGGAAACUAUUCUAUUCAAACAUUCAGAUUUGCGAAUUCAUAGAGAAUGGAAAGAUGGAGUCUGGAAGAUGGCAGAUAAGGUGAAGCCUGAUAAGAAAAGGAAAGCUGCUGCCUCAUCACAAAAUUCAGGAAUGGAUAAUGUUUUCCUAAGAAGGAGCGAGAGGGUGCCUAAACGAUCUAGAGACACAAAAACUCCAUUCAAGUCUGACAGAAAUCCGGCUUUAACUGUAAUACCUGAGAUUAUACCUGCAGUUGAUCCGUUUUCAACUCCUGCGGAACAUAAGCUUUCAAGGCUUCAAAAUUGGAUGACAUUAAAGCCCGGCAUGCAUGAAACGUCCCUAUCAAUCAAUGAUAAUAAGAUAAGGAAAUCUUUCUUUCAAAGCAUGGAAAAUGCAAAAAAGGACCUUAAGAAAGAGCACAUUGAUGGAGCCUUUGCAAUGCUAAAUUGCAGAAGAAAUGAGAAUGCUGCUUGGUUCCACAACUACAAGAUUCCAAAGGCGUGCUUCCUACCUAUGGAGUUCUUGCAUUGCUUGCUCUCUGAUGAUUUGGCUUACAAGAAAGAAAAGGUCAAAGGUAAAAAGAUUUUCAACGAUUUAUUUAAAGAUACUGUGAGAGGGAAGGUAUAUCCAGAGAAGACAUGGGGAGAAGAUGUUGAUGUUGUGUAUGGGAUUACUCUUGGAAAAAAAAGCAAUGUCUGGAUUGGGAUGGAAAUUCAUUUGAAGAAGAAAAGAAUCACAGUAUAUGAUUGUUUUCAAAAGGAAAGCAACAGCAUUGAUAUUCCUCAAGUGAAAAAGUUGGCAGUGUUGAUUUCUAAUCUGCUGGUGGAAUCUUCUGGUGAUGAGGUAGAUAAAGUGAAGAUGAUUCCAUUUGAGAUUGAGCAGGCACAAGGUUUACCCAAGACAAAACAUCCUUUCAACUGUGGGAUAUUUCUUGUCAAGAUUCUGGAGUGCCAGUCAUUGAAGAUAGGAGACAUGACAAAGAUUAAUGAUGACAAUGCAUUGGAGCUAAGGAGAACCUUGUCUUGUGAGAUCUUCAACCAAUUUGUGGAUGAGAGCUUUGGGAAAUGAGAAUGAUGCAUGAAAACAUUUUUUGUUUUAGUUAAGACUCGGUUUUAGUUAUGACUGUUUAUUUUGUUAUGUUGUUGGCGUCUGGUUACAUAAGAAAGAUUGGAAGGAUAUCAAGUA